AUGUGCCACACCAGCUGCUCCUCGUGCUGCCAGCCAGCCUGCUGUGUGUCCAGCCCCUGCCAGGCUGCCUGCUGCGUGCCUCCCUCCUGCCAGGCCUCUGUGUGUGUCCCCAUGAGCUGCAGGCCGGCUGUGUGUGUGGUCCCCUCCUGCCAAUCCUCAGGGUGCUGCCAGCCCUCCUGCCAGGGCUCUGUGUGCCUCCCCAUGAGCUGUGGGCCCUCGCUGUGCGUGGUUCCCUCCUGCCAGUCCUCAGGCUGUUGCCAGCCCUCCUGUCCUGCCCUCCUCUGUAACCCUGUCUCCUGUGGCACCUCCUCCUGCUGCACCUCAUCUUGCUGA